AAAUCUAUACUUACACAAACACAUUUGUAUGACUACAGUUAAAGCAAAAGAGAUCAAACAGAUUGCUCUGUUUUGACUCCUUUGGAACCCCUUUUACUCUGCUGGUUUAUCUGCAACUUACAAUCUGGUAAUUUCCUCACUUGGGUUUUCUAAUCUGCGCGUUCUUGUGCUUAAAGUUGCAAUCUUUAUUCAAAAUGAUGAGACCUGGGCUUUUCAAGAUUCUGGGUUUGCAAGCUUAAUCUUUGUUUUCUGUGGUUUAUUUGUUGUAUUAUGGUUAUAUAAAUGAUGGGGUUUGUUGAUAUGCUUGAGAUCUGUCUGUAUAGGUGAGUUUCUUGAUCUUUUUCAGCUAAAAUUAGGGUUUUCUUGAAGAUUGAUGGUUUUAAAAUAUGUUUUUUUUGGGCUGGAAAGGUUGAAACUUUGGGGUUUGUGGGGGUAAGAGAUUUGGUUGAUUGAAGAGGUUGGUUGGUUUUAUUGUUUUAUGAUCUUUGUGGAGUGGUUUUUAUAUUUAGUGUUAGAAAGAUGAAGAGAUUGAAGUCAAGUGAUGAUAUCUCUUCUUAUGGGGAUAAGGGUAGUAGUAAAGAUUGGGGAAGAAGGGAUGAUGAUGUGAACUUGCAUCGUUCCUUGUCUAAUCGAAAUGUGUAUUACAAGUCUGAUAAUGGGAAGAAAGGAUUGUCUUCGUCUUCAUCGAGGUAUGAUAGGCUUGAUGAUGAUCGUGAGAAUUCUAGAUCAGUUAGGAAACGUACAGAUUACGAUGUGGAAAGUUAUGAUAGGAGAAAAGGGUAUGAUAGGUAUAGGGAUGGUGGUGAAAGAGGAAUUAUAAGCUCUUCGCCACGAGGAGGAUAUAGUGGGGAUCGAAUUCAUCGGUCUGAGAGCUUUUCUGUGCCGAGGAGGGAGUUUCCAAAGGGUUUUAGGUCGGAGAGGGAUCGACCACGAAGAGAAGGGAGUGUUUCAUCUUGGAGGAGAUUUGGUGCUGCUAAAGAUGUUGAUGAAAAUGGUUCUAGGAGUGGUCAUGAAUUUACUAGAGGAAUCAGGGUGGUAUCAGAUGACGCAGGGAAAGUGAAGUCCCCUGGUGGAAGCCUAGGAGAGAUGGGGAGACCUAGCAGCUGGCAGUCAGUGCGGACUCCAGACCACCCUCAGGGUUUGAGAGAUACGAAGUCACCAUCAAGAUCAAGAAGUGCAAGGUCGCCGUCGUGUUCAAAAAAUGCAAGGUCGCCUUCUUGUUCAAAAAAUGUAAGGUCGCCGUCUUGUUCAAAAAAUGCAAAGUCGCCAUCAUGCUCAAAAAAUGCAAAGUCACCUCCGAGGUCGAAGGAUUCCGGAAGUGAGCAAUCAAAAAGUGUUGAAGUGAAGAAAAGUGAAGACUUGCCUAUUGAGAGUGGAGAUAAUAGUGAGAUGGAAGAAGGGGAACUAGAACCUGAUCCUGAACCAAUUCCAGUAGUUGAGCACCUACCUGAAGAAGAAGCUGUUAAUGAGUUAAAACCAAUUCAACAGGAGUUCAGUAAGGACAAUCUUAUUGAAGCUAAAAGUUUGGGAGACACAGUAAUAUCUGAAGCAAACCUACAAUUCAAUCAAGGAACAGUUCAUGAAGAAAAAACAGAAGCUCAAGUGUCAGAAGCUACUCAUAAUGUGGAAGAAAAUGUUGAUAACUUAUCAGGUUCUCCUAACACAUCUGUUCAUAAAACAAGUAAAGUUGAAGUUGCAAAUGCAACCACAAAAGUUGUUGAAGUUGCCAAUGAUCAACAGUCUCCCCUGGAGAAUAGCAUUUCUGCUGAGAGAGCAAUUGAUAUCGUAAAAGAGCCAUGCACUUCCAAUUAUGAGAAGAAGGAUAACAAGGGCGUUGAUCUUGAAGUAAAAUCAGAAAAUAUUGAAUUGCCUGGAUUGAUAGAAGGCGCUGAGGAUAAAAAUGUCACAUCUAGAGUUGUUUUGUCAUUUUUAGAUGACAGAGUUGGUCAAAGUCUAAAAGACAAGGGAAAAGGUUUGGCUAUUUUGCCUUCUACUGAUUCUACAGAAGAUGUUAUAAGAUCUGAAUCUGAAACCUUCAAGGAAGGUCCAAGCCCAAGGGGAUUUCAGUUGUUUUUUGUUGAUCCUGUGAAGAAAGCUGCUGUAGCAGAGAAAUCGAGUUCUAGUAAGCUGAAAGAUGAGCAGAUAACAACAGAACCGCUUGAACUUUCUCUAAGCUUACCAAGUGUUCUAUACGCUAACAAUUCCCAAAACACAAUUCAAGCUACUGGUUCUCAAAAUACAGUUCAAGCUGUCAGUUCUCCUAGUCAUGCGAGGAGUGUUCAGUCCUUUGCUAGUAGUUUUCGGACAAGUUCUGAUGCAUUUACUGCAUCGUUGUCUUUCUCAGGUUCUCAGACAUUCACACAUAACCCUAGCUGUUCCAUGACAAACAAUUCCUAUGACAACUGUGAAAAAUCAGUUGGGAGUCGCCCUAUUUUUAAGGGAGUGGACCAAGUAACUCCUGCAUGGCAAGGUCAAUCUUCCAAUGAGACAGAAAACAAAGAACAGCCCAUGUAUCAAAGGAUAUUGUCAAAUGGAAAUGGUCUUACGCAUCAUUCACAAAUAUCUCAAGAUAUUAUUAUUGGCCGUGUUGUUCAAUUGCAGCAUCAACCUGAAGAAGGAAGCUCUAAACUACCUAGAGGACUUGAUCGACAAUUAAGUCACAACAAACAGUUAGCAAGUGUACAGUUAAGGCAUCCAACUGACGUUAGAUCCCCUACACAGAGUACAGUGUCCCAUGGAACUGGACCCGAUUAUUGGAAUGAAAAGAGGCAGGUUAUGAGAGAUAAAGCUUCUGGUGAUGUGCAAGAUGAGAAACAUUCAUUCCUGGGGAAUGGAGCUGAUUUCAUGGAGCCAAUUAUCAGCAUGAUAAUUUCUGAGCCAAUACACACAGCAGCUAGGAAAUUUAAUGAAAUGACUAGGCAAGCUGCCUCAAGGUUAAAGGAGUCAGUUCGUGAUGUUAUUUUGAAUCCUGGUAAGAGAUCAAAGCUGCAUGAGUUUCAAAAAGCACUGGAGAGGAGAUCUGAUAUUACCUUGGAAAUUCUUUUACAAUCCCAUCGAGCCCAACUGGAAGUCUUAGUAGCUUUAAAAACUGGUCUACAAGAUUUCCUUCAGCAAAAUUAUGAAAUAUCAUCUUCUGAUCUGGCUGAAAUAUUUCUGAACUUAAGGUGCCGUAAUCUCACUUGUCGCAGUCAGUUGCCUGUUGAUGAAUGUGAUUGCAGAAUUUGUGUGCAGAAGAAUGGUUUUUGUAGUGCUUGCAUGUGUCUAGUAUGUUCAAAGUUUGACAUGGCUUCUAACACCUGUAGUUGGGUCGGAUGUGACGUCUGUCUUCAUUGGUGCCAUGCAGAUUGUGGUUUACGAGAAUCAUAUAUUAGAAAUGGUCACAGUGCAUCUAGGGCUCAAGGAACAACAGAAAUGCAGUUCCAUUGUGUUGCUUGCCAUCAUCCUUCUGAAAUGUUUGGCUUUGUAAAAGAAGUUUUUCAAAAUUUUGCAAAAGAAUGGACAGCUGAAACACUUUCCAAAGAACUUAAUUAUGUCAGAAAAAUUUUCCAUGCAAGUGAGGAUGCUAGAGGGAGGCGGAUGCACGAGCUUGCCACUCAGAUGCUGACAAGGCUGGCAAACAAGUCUGAUGUUCAAGAAGUUCGAAGUGGCAUUAUGGCAUUGCUCUCAAAGAUUAAUUCUUCAGAGAGUAGCCGUCUGAUUGUUCCUGGAAAAGAAAGUCUUAAAAAGAAAAUGGAAGAAGGGACUAGCAUUAUUGCUGGAUCCAGCCAAGAACCUACAUGGCUGAAAGCUGCCUAUUCAGAUAAAGGUCCUCAACGGGAAAGAUCUGCUAAUUUACUUCCCAGCUUUGACUUUGAAACAAAUGAUAAGCAUGUAGCCAGUUCGGAUUUGUUGAGGCGUACUAAAAAGGAGCCUGGCUUUGAUGAAUUAGAAAGUAUUGUAAGAAUCAAGCAAGCAGAAGCCAAUAUGUUUCAGUCACGUGCUGAUGAUGCAAGAAGGGAGGCUGAAGGUCUUAAACGCAUUGCGAAUGCAAAGAAUGAAAAAAUCGAAGAAGAAUACACUGGUAGAAUCAGAAAGUUGCAAUUGAUCGAGGCCGAGGAAAUCCGUAGGCAGAAAUUCCUCCAGCUUCAGAAUUUAGAACGAGAACACGAAGAAUAUUUUAAUAUGAAGACAAGGAUGAAAACAGAAAUCAAAGACUUGUUGUUGAAAAUGGAAGCUGCAAAAUGCAAUUUUACCUUGUGAAAUAGUACAUCAGUGACAUGUAAUUUAAAAGAUACACCUCUCAGUCUCUAUAUUCAGGUAAUAUUAGCCAUUAGACAUCGACCCUUUUGUUGUCCACCAUUAUAAUUUCAACUAGUCAAAUUUAUGUAGACCUUCAGCAAUGGUGGUACACCUUUCUGUGAAAGGCUUAAUCGGCCAAGCAAUCUUUUAAUGUUUCAAGACUUGGCAAGCUAUAUAUAUCAGCCUUGUGAA